AUGUCUGGUUCAUUUUGGAAAUUCGGUCAAGAUUAUUCUAUUGAAUCAUCUGUAACAAAAUUAUUAAAUAGAGCAUUUAUUAAAAUUGAAAAUAAUAACAAUGAUAGCAAUAAAGAUACAAGAGAAAUUAAUGAUAUAAUUGUUAAUGUAACAACUACAACAAUCACCAAUAGUUCAACAGAAUCUGGUAGUCCCAUUAGUGAACCUGAUAUUUCAAUAAAUGAUGGUAGUAAAAUUAAAAAUGAUUCAACUGAUACAACACUCGAUAAAUUACCAAGUAAUGAAGAAGAUUAUAAAGAUUAUAAACCUGAUUUAAAUAUUUUAGAUGAUUUAUUAGACGAUGAAGAAUUAUACACAGAAUUAAUGUGUUCAAAUUUUAAAUUAUUAAUAUAUUUAAAAUACCCUGAAGUUUUACAAAAAUUAAUUGAUUUCGUUACUAAUGAAAAAAUUUUAACAGAUGAUUUUGAUGAAAUUAGUAUUAAAAGUAAUGAUUCUUUAUCUAAUUUGGAAAAUAAUAGUAUUGACGAUUUGAAUAGUGAUGUAAUUAUAGUAGAACCAACUAAAGAUUGUGAAUCAGAUGAAACAAUAAUUAAAAAUAAAAUUUCUGAAGGUUAUGAAGAGAUUGAAACAAAUUUAAAAGAUGAAAAUGAUGCAAGCUCAAUGAUUUCUGAAGAAACUAGUGUUACUGUUCCACCUGAAAGUGAAGAACAAUUAGAAUCAAGAAGAGCAAGAAUGGCUGCAGAAAUUUUAUCUGCUGAUAUAUGGCCUAUUGCAUCAACGAUAAUGGAAAAUAUUCAACUUUUAGAACAAUUAUGGUCAAUUAUGGAUCAUAAACCAUCUUUAUCAGUGGCUGCUUCAACAUAUUUUAUGAAAAUUAAUGAGAGAUUAUUAGAUAUGGAUGUUAAUGGAAUGUUAACAUUUAUAUUAUCACAAGAUAGUUGUGCAGAAAGAUUUCUUAAUCAUAUUGAAAAUCCUUCUUUAAUGGAUUUUUUACUUAAAGUAAUUUCAACAGAUAAACAGGAUUCUCCAACAGGUAUUAUAAAUUGCUUAAAAGAGCAAAAUUUAAUACCAAAUUUAAUCGAUAGAUUAGAUCUUGAUAAAUAUAGUACGUCGGUUCAAAGUGCCGCUGGUGAUUUUUUAAAAGCUUUCGUCACAUUAAGUGCUAAUUCAAAUAAUGAAAUUGCCUUAGGAAUUGGUCCAAAUGAAUUAACAAGACAAUUAGUCUCUACCGAAAUAGUAGAAAAAUUGAUUAAUAUAAUGCUAAAAGGUAGCACUUCUUUAAGUAAUGGUGUUGGAAUAAUAAUUGAAAUGAUUAGAAAAAAUAAUUCUGAUUAUGAUUUUAUUCAAGUCAUGUAUACUACUGUAAAGACACAUCCACCGAAUGAUAGAGAUCCUGUACAUUUAAUUGCAUUAGUUAAAGCAUUUGCAAAUCAUAUGGGUGAUUUUGCAAAAUUAUUAACACAUGGUGAUUUACCAAUGUUACAAACUCCAAUUGGAGAAAUAGAACCAUUGGGAUUCGAAAGAUUUAAGAUUUGUGAAUUAGUAGCUGAAUUGUUACAUUGUUCAAAUAUGGCACUAUUAAAUGAACCUGAAGGUGAAAAGAUUACUUCCGAGAGAGAUCAUAUUAGACAAGAAUAUUUGAGAGAGGAAGGAAUUGCCAAUGGAGAUAGUAUUAACAAAAUGGACGAUGGCUCUGAAAAUGACGAUCUUACUUAUAAAUUAGAGGCGUUAAAAUUGAAUGGCUCAGAGAAUGAUUUCACCAAAACAGAAAAUGAAGAAGAUGAUGAUAAAGAAUCAUUAAAUGAACCAGUGAAUAAUGAAGAACUGAAUGCCACAGAUGAAAAUGAUAAUGAAGUAUACCCUGAUGAUGAAAUAGAUAACUCUAAAGAAGCAGAACAAGCUCUUCGUGAAAAGAAUAUUUCUGGUGAUCAAUUGAAAUUCGCAUUACAUGAUACUGGAAUUAUAACUAAUAUUAUGGACAUGUUUUUUCAAUUUGAAUGGAAUAAUUUUUUGCAUAACGUAGUAUUUGAUAUAGUUCAACAAAUAUUUAAUGGGCCAUUAAAAUCAGGUUAUAAUAAAUUUUUAUUAUCAGGUUUAUUAGCGGAUAUGAAGAUAACAGAUAAAAUCAUUCAAGGUGACGAAAUCUGUAAAGAAAAUGAAACAAACACUGGUAUUAGACUAGGGUACAUGGGUCAUUUGACAUUAAUUGCCGAAGAGGUUGCUAAAUUUGUGGAGUAUGUCGAGGAAUUAAAGUUAACGUUCACCGACGAUGGAAUUGAAACUGCUUUGAAUGACGAAACUUGGGUUAACUUUAUGGAUACCACAUUAAGAGAUAUCAGAGAAAAAUAUAAUACUGUACUUGGUGAUUUUGUCUUGGAAGAUGUCGAUGCUGAAGAUUAUGAAGACCAUUUGAUAGAAGCUAACGAUCCUGAAUUACAAAUGGAAGAAAAUAAUGCAUUGUUAGACAAAUUGACAGAGCAGAAUAGAGAUAUUGAUCCCCUUGACGAUUUAGAUGAUCCAAUAGAGCAAGCUCAUGAUUCUUUUGAACAAAAUGAGGGCAAUCUCGUUAAAGAAGGCGAAGACUAUAUUGAAACAAGUGAAGAACCUAGUACCGAGUCAUUUUAUAAAUAUAGUCAUAACCUAGAAGAUGACACCAUAAGAAGUGAUAGUCUAGAAGAUGAAAACCGCAGAGGAAAAAGUGCGGUUUACGAAUAUAUCGACCCAUCAGGUCACAAGACUACUUUAAACUUAGACUCAUUCCACACUGAUUCUGAUGAAGAUUCGGAAAACAAUUCUAAUUACGAUGAUACAUUGAAGUAUAUAUAUACCAAUCAAUUUAAAUUGGGUGAUAACGAAAAGACUCACGAACGAUUUAGCACUACUCUACAAAAUGAUUUUAUUGAUUAUUCGCCACCUAAUCCGGAUGAUGACGACGAUUACAUGGAUCCAAAUGAUGACGGACAAUCGUAUGUCAAACCAAAUAACCCUCUAUUCAACAAACUGCAUACACUUUCGUCUAAUAUUACGCUCAGUGAAGAUGAAUUACAGUCCCGUGAUUCAGAGUCUGGAUCUGACAUAGAAAGCCCUGAAGAUUAUAGUUCUGAUGAAGAAGCUCAGGUUUUAGAAAAUCCCGGUACAGGAAACGAUAUAUCGUUGUAUCGUACUCCCAGUAGGGAAGAAUAG